UUCCUCAUCUCUCCGGCCGUAGAGAUCAGCCAACGUGUCCAGCAAAGGAUUAUUAUUGUCACAAUUUGCUGAACAAGUUUCAUCAAAAUUUCAGUCCACCAGCCGGGUCUUGUCAUUUGUCUCUUCUCACAAAAUUACAAUUUAUAUACAACACGCCUCAUUUGUAUGUCCUUGCUACUCGCUAUUCGUAGCCAAAGCACUCUCCAAAUAAAAAAACAGUCAACAAAAACCUAUUGUUCCCUUGAGUCCAUAAAAGUCCAUAAAAUUUUAUAUUUUUUUAGUUAUACAAGGCACACUACAAAAAAGUUACUCUCCUUUCCAUCCAAGACUUCGAUUAGAAGUGCAGUUUUGGUUAGUUGAUGUUGCAAUUUUCUACAACGGCAACAUAUGACAUAUAGUAAUAGGCGACCAAGAAAUAAAGAAAUGUCGUUUAUGCCGCAACGAUCCUGCUCAAGAAAAUCAUGGGGGAUUGUCCUCUUCUAUCUCGUAGUGAUCUCAUUUUAUAAUCCAACUGACAGUGGAGCUGUAGAGUUCGACGAAUCUAAUUUUGAUGCUACAAUUGCACAUUCGGAGCUCGUUUUUGUAAAUUUUUACGCCGACUGGUGUCGAUUUAGCAACCUUCUAGCUCCAAUUUUUGAUGAAGCUGCAGACAAAAUCUCUGGUGUUUUUCCAGACAAAACUAAAGUCACUUUAGGAAGAGUUGACAGUGAUAAGCACAGCUCGAUUUCAUCUCGGUACAAGAUAUCAAAGUAUCCAACGCUCAAGUUAAUUCGAAAUGGAGUUCCUGUCAAAAAAGAGUAUCGUGGUGGUCGGACGCCGGAAGCCUUCUUGGAGUACAUCGUCAAGCAGAUGGAAAACCCUAUUCACGAAUUUCAUCACCUUCGAGAAGUUCUCAGCAUUGACGAAACGAAACGCAUAUUUAUUGGCUACAUGACUUCCAAUACAAGCAGAACCUAUGAUACUUAUCGCCGAGUCGCCAUGAAUUUGAAGGACGAUUGUGCUUUCUACGUUGGAUUUGGUGAGGCAUCACGCACCAUGCACCCCCCGGAUGUUGACAUUCUUGCUUUCCGACCAGAUCGAACAACUUCUGUAGAACUCGACGAGACAUUUAAAGGAAACUCUGAAAAUUUUGACGAGGUUCUAACAUGGAUUCAAACCAAGUGUGUUCCACUCGUGAGAGAAAUCACAUUCGAGAAUGCAGAGGAAUUGACAGAGGAGGGGCUCCCAUUCAUGAUCCUAUUUCACAACCCAGACGAUAAGGACAGUAUUAGACGCUACAACCAAGUUGUUCAUGAGCAAUUGAUGGGUGAAAAGCACGCCAUCACGUUCCUCACUGCCGAUGGAAAGCGAUUCGCCCACCCCCUUCAUCACUUGGGAAAAUCUGAGAAGGAUUUACCCCUCAUUGCCAUCGAUAGUUUUCGCCACAUGUACCUUUUUCCGGAUGCGAGCCAGAUGGACAUUCCUGGAAAGUUGAAAAACUUUAUUGCAGAUCUUCAUUCGGGAAAACUUCACCGCGAGUUCCACUACGGACCGGACCCCAACUCAGACCCCAGCAAUGACUUAUUGACCCAACCAAAGGGGACGUCGCCCCCAGAAUCCACCUUUAAAAAAUUGGCCCCUUCCUCCAAUCGAUACACUCUACUCAAAGAUGAAUUGUGAGCGAGUUUUCUAACCAUUCAUUUCCGUACAAGUUGACUAUUUAUUUUCCCAACAGAUUUUAUUCAAAAUUGUACAAAGGUCUUUUGUCGUGUAAUUCUUAAAGUUGAUCCGUGUUCAUUCAUUCAUUCAUUGUGUAAAUUAUUUCAAGCAAUUGUGUUAGUUGUGGCGGAGAGAAUGUAAAUAAUUUGAGUAAUGUGCGUUUGGUUGAGUGCUCAUAUAUUAAUCGCGAUAUUUCUAAUAAUAUGAAGCUAAUAAGAAUAACCCUCUCUUAUUAUUUCCUUAGCUAACUCCUUGCUCAACAACAUCCAACAAUAAUGCGAGACAUUAUCCCGAAGUUCAGUGUUUACCUGUUGGUGUUGUUCGUUUACGUGACGUCGUCCUCCUACUAAAAUAUGUCAAUCCUCCUCCUCCUGCCUUAGCUAUACAUAAUACACUUGCUGUUGUCCUGUCCUCUCUUUUUGCAUGAUGUUCUCGCCACAAACAAGCUUCAGGACCCAUUAUCCUCGCACCACCAGAUUUUUAUUUAAUUAUUCAAUUGACUUUCUGUACAUUAACUACAUAAACCCAAUACGUAAUUGCUAAGUAUAUUGUGCAUAAGUGUAAAAAAUAAGACGGUGAGCUAUUGGCCUGGUUGUACGUAAUUUAUAACCUUUGACUAUAAUUUGAUUUGCCUAGUCGUUACGGUCAUUCAAAUUAAACUGUAAUUACAUACUAGUUAGUACCUUAUUACCCUUCACGUCUUUUUCAUCUAGGUCCAUUAGCAGCAGUUGUGAACGUUUCGUAAGCAUAAGUAGACAAUGAAGAAAUGUCAAGUUGUGCUAGUUUUUUGUGAUAAUCUAUUUAAGGUCAAAUCUGGUACUGCUCUUUAGUUGUUUAAAUUGAAACAUUGCUUUUUGCAUUCAUGUACAGCAAUUGAGUUAAUAUUAUUGCAAUAUAGGAUCCAUGUUACUUAAGUAUGGUUUGCAAUCUAAAUUUAACUUAUGGAUAUACAUAUGUACAUAUGAUUAUGGGCUUCUAUUCUGAUUUCUGAAAUUAAAAACCGUGCGAAAUGAAAUGA